AUGUUGGAGCGAUCCGCGAUAUCGCCGUCUCUGUUGCACACGUGCCGUAACGCGUCCGUCCGUUCCGCUUCCGCAACGGAAUUGUGGAAUGUGAUCUCAGAUUACGUCGCCCACACCGCUCGUUCGAUUAAUACGCCGCGGCGAACAGCUGUGACGAGUUUCAUCAAAGAAUACAAAGUAAAAUUAGUGCCUAUAAUUUGUACGGACAAUCUAAUCAGAGCCUAUCAGAGGCCGCUGGUGAACAUAGGCCUGUGGGGAACCACACACUGCCACGAAGCACGAGCCACCAGCGUCCAUCGACUCCCCUAUAACAAUAUGGGUAAGUCAACGGCCGCAGCUGGAAACCGCAACGUACUCGAGAGCACCGAUAUAGAGUCGAUAUACAAACGACGUAGAGACGAUGUAGAGGCCGCCCCCGAUCUAGUAGUUAUAGUUUGC